AUGUCGCCCUUCUCCAUCCUCAGCAAACUCACCAACCCCCACGCCCCCUCCCUCCCCUCCUCUUUCGGCUCUUCCAAACAAACAACCUACUACCUCUCCACCUCCCUCCCCUCCCCGUCUAUCCAAGCCCUCCAAGCCCGACCUCCUCCGCACCAACUGCCCCCUUCCUCCCUCAUCUUCUGCCUGAAACAUCCCCGCUUGGAUACUUCGCCAGCGACAGCGUUUUUCUUGCAGUGUCUGCCGGACCCGAUCAUGUUUUUGCAUUAUGCCGCUUUGUUUAUCAGGCCGAGGUUGGCCCUUGGCCCUGGGGGCGACGGGGAUGGGCAAGCGGAAGGGGGGUGGAGACACCAGCUCAUCACGCUAGAGCUGGAGGAGAAGGAAGGGCUGGCGGCUACUAGCGGGGGCAAAAUCGGGGUGAGCUUGGAUUGGGUAGAGAGGUCGAGGCAGGAAGUGAUGGGUGGGAAGAAGCAUGUGGAGCAGGCUUUGAGAGAGUUUAAAGGUGUCUUACUGCACGAGAUGGUGCAUACGAUCCAGCACGACGGGGGAGGAUCAACCCCCACCUGGUUGAUCGAAUCCAUCGCCGACCUCCUCCGCCUCUUCGCCCACCUCGAACCAGCCCACUGGCGGAAAUAUGGCCAAGGCAAACCGGACAAGGGCUGGGAGGCGAGCUACGAUACGGGCGCGCGGUUCUUGGGGUGGUUGGUGGGGUAUGAUGAGGCGGAGAGGGAGCAGGUGGAGAGGGGGGAGGGGAAGCUUGUUUGGGAGCCUGAGGUGGUGGCGGGGACUGUUCCGGGGCCCACGCCCACGGGGCCGGAGGGUGCUCAGGCGACGAGGUAUGCUGAACCGCCCUCUGUGGCGGAACAAAAGCCGCUUGGACGUCCGAAUCCAAGGAAAGAGAGGUCUGGGCCGUACCCGGACUUUGUGCGGCUGCUAGACUCGAGGUUGGUGUAUGAGCGAUGGGAUGAGGGGUGGUGGCAGGAGAUGACGGGGCGGACGCUGCCCCAGCUGUGGGCGGAGUAUUUGGCGUAUUACCAGUAG